AUGUCUAUGCGAGUGGGCGAAGGUGGAAAUCGCCAACCUCUUCCCUACCCGGACACUCCGAGUAAUGUACUGCAACAGUUCAACCUCAAAGGCAAGACCGUCGUCGUCAAUGGCGCAGCUGACGGGAUCGGAUAUGCUGUCGUUGAAGCAAUGGCGGAAGCUGGUGCGGACGUAGCCUUAUGGUACAACAGUAACUCGGCAGCGAUCGAGAAGGCGAAGGGACUGGCAGACAAGCAUGGUGUCAAGGCGAAGGCGUACCAAGUUCCCGUCACGGAUCCGAAGAAGAUCAAAGCAACGAUGGAUGAAGUGGUGAAAGACUUUGGAAGAAUGGAUUGCUUUGUGGCCAAUGCUGGUAUGGCGAUUUCGAAACCAGUGCUGGAGAUGUCGUUGGAGGAGUUUGAGAAGCUUCGGUCGGUGAAUUUCGAUGGCGUAUUCUACUGUGCAAAGUAUGCCGGAGCGAUUUUCAAGAAGCAAGGCUUUGGCAACCUCAUCAUUACUUCAAGCAUCUCAGGUCACAUCGUCAACGUUCCCGUGGAUCAGCCCGUCUACAACGCAACCAAAGCAGCUGUAACACACCUGGGCAAAAGUCUGGCCAGAGAGUGGAGGGAGUUUGCUCGCGUCAACAUGGUGUCUCCGGGCUUCUUCGACACCGCGAUGGGCUCAUCACCCGAAGUCACUCCUGAGGCCUUGCGAAUGACGCCACUCCAGCGAUCGGGCCAUACGAAAGAAAUCAAGGGCCUGUAUCUUUACUUGGCCAGCGACGCUUCGUCUUAUCAGACUGGAAGUGAUGUAAUCAUUGAUGGUGGCUAUACUCUACCGUAA